GGGGCCGUAUGUAUAAAGCCACUCAGAGUAAAAUUUUAGUCUCAAGUCUGUCAAAAUUCUAAGAAUGACGUCAUUUUACUUUUAUUCCUAGACUUAAGAAUAAGUGUGAUUCAUAAAGGUUCCUAAGUGUUAGGACUAGGUCUCAGCUCCUAAAUUAUUUAAGAGAGCUGGAGAGGUCUCCUAACCAGUUAGGAGUAACAAGAUGGCAGCAGAGAGGAGGAGGCCGCGCAGUUUCCAACAACGUAAGAAUGUGUUGGAAUUAUAUGAUGACAGAGAGUUGAUCAAACGAUACAGGCUUGAUCGUCAGGGUAUUCUUUUUGUUACUGACCUAGUCAGAAAUUCAAUAACUUCUCCCACUGUAAGAAACUAUGCUUUAACUGCUGAAAUGAAAGUUAUAAUGACUCUGUGUUUCUUGGCAACUGGAAAAAUGCAGCAAUGCACCAGUGAUGACUUAGGGCCAUCACAGUCCACAGUUAGCAGGGUCUUAAAUACCACUGUUGCUGCACUAACCAUACCAGUCAUAGUGAGGCAGUUCAUUGACUUCCCAACUGACCUUCAAACUAUACGGCAAAAGCAAGCAGAUUUUAUGAGGAUUGCGGGUUUCCCUGGAGUUGUAGGAACCAUCGAUGGCACCCAUGUACGCAUCAUUGCUCCAACUGUAAAUGAGGAGACAUACAUCAAUCGAAAAGGAUUCCACAGCAUCAAUGUUCAAGUCGUAUUUGAUGCCAAUUACAAGAUCCUCGAUCUUGUGCCAAAAUGGCCAGGGUCAACACAUGAUGCUCGGUUUCUUUCCCAGAGUGGCCUCACUGGGUUAUUCGAACAAAAUUAUGUUCGCCCUGGAUGUCAUCUGCUGGGAGACUCGUGUUACCCUUUAAAACACUGGCUUCUCACCCCUUACAGAAGACCUCAAGGAGAACAGCAGCUCAAUUAUAUUAGAGCACACAAAGUAACACGAGCCGUGGUGGAGAGAGGAAUUGGACAGCUGAAGAGAAGAUUCCAUGUCCUUCAUGGAGAGAUUCGACAUUCACCUGAGCGUGCUUGUCGCAUUAUUAUGGCUUGUGGCAUUUUGCACAAUAUUUGCAAAGCUCGUAACCUCCCAUUGCUUGAUGAUGAUGAUAAUGAUGAUGAUGACGAUGAAAAUGACGACCAUGGUGAUGAUGACAGUGAUCAUGAUGAAAAUGAUGACAAUACCACCGAACACACAUUACAAAGCAUUUCGGGGAGAGCAUCAUUCAGGGACUGCUUUGCUAACUCACAUUUUGGGGACUCAAUGUCAUCCUCAGUGGCUGCGCCCUGUGCAAAUCCAGUGUCUUGUGAGGCAGAAGGCUCAUCUGGAGGACACACGGAGAUGUCCUGAGAUGAUACAGGAGAAGAUGCAUCUGAUGGACCGGCUCCAGAAUUAUCCACACUAC